UGACUGAGCAACAUGUUUCUGCAAUAGAACCAGUUCUGCCAGGCACCUUGGUUGUUUCAAUCAUAUAUAAAUUGUUAAGGCAAAGGAAAAUAUGUCCUUCUGCUUGUUAAGGCCAUUACAAAUGCAGAAAUUUGGCUUAUUCCUUUGAUAUUCUGACUUGUACAAAAUGUACCUAUUGCCAUGUUCCACUGUGAGGCAUUUGGAACUUGUAAAACUAGAUGUGAACAAAAGUGAAAAGAUCCGGUAGAGCCAGGAAGAAACCAGCUCGAUUUCUGGAAGAAGAUGUUGACAAGUCAUCGGAUGAUUCUGAUGAAUCUGACGAGGAAUCUCCUCAAAUCACCAAAUCUGGUAUCAAAACUCCACCUAUUAAAUCACCACCUCCACCGUCUAAACUCUUAAUGCAGACCCUUCAGGCAGCACCAAAACCAAUUAUAAUACAACCAGUUCAGCAGCAAAUUAAAAUACAGGUACCAGCACAGCAGCUUCUACAAACAGGUCCACAGAUUACACCAAUUGUCUCCCCUAAGAUACCACUAAAGGUUAUCACACAGAUGGUGCCACAGCAGCAAGUUGUACAUCAGUUAGUGCCCCUGUCACCAACAACACCUACAGAUAAUUCAGAGGCUGGCAAAAGAGGAAGGGUGCGUAAAAAGUCAGCUAAAGUAAUUGAAAUGGAAGAAUUUGAAGAGGCAGAAAAAACUAAAACCAAAAAGCCUGGUGGGAAAAGUCCUGUUGUUAUGUCUCCUCCCGUUCAACAGUCCCCCACUAAACAGCUCCCUCCCACUGGUAUAACUAUCGUCAGAAAUGAACUUGGUCAGAGUGUAGUGUUAUCAGUAGCCGGGGGUUUGCCUGGUAUGGUUAAGGCCGAACCAUCGCCACCAUCAGCCAAAAAAACUAAAUCCAGAGUAAAAAUAAAAGAACCAGCAGAAGGAUCUGAACUUUCUCAAAACUUGUUAGUAAAGGAAGAACCUAGUGACUUGUCAUCAGUGGCAGAACUAUCGGCUAAUAUCAUGGCACAGGCACAAGGACUUCAGGGUGGCACACAGAAAGAAAAGCCGAUUAAAUCAGAACCUGUUACACCUAAAAAACAAGAAUCUCCACCCUCUCCUUCAAAGAAAGGUAAAAGUGUCAUUAAAAUGUUACUCAAUACUCCAACUCAGUUCUCUACACCUACCGUGUCUACUACGGCAAUCAGUUCUGAUAAACCUAAAGAACUCGACAAAAGUUCGGACUCUCUCAAAUCAGAACCUAAUGUUGUAGCAGCCGAAAGAAUUGUUAAAAAAACUAUUAUUAUGUCACCAAGUGAUUUAGACGAUGGCCAUCAGUCCUAUGAUGAUGAGGAGGACGAUGAAGAUUUUGAUGAUGAAUUAGAUGAGGAUGAUGAAGGUGAUGAUGAGGAUGAUAUGGAAUGGCAGUUUGAAUCUCAAGACGGUACUUUGCUGGAGCAGGAGGAAUUGGCUAGAAAGGCAAAAGAUUUGACAGAUGUUUCUCCAGUUGAUCACAAAAAAGGAAAGAAGAAGACAAGUAAAAAGAAAUCAUCACUUGAAGAAGAUGAUUUUGAUGACGAAGAUUUUGGAGAUGAUGAUGACGAUGAUGAAGAAGGAAAUCUAGUUAUAGCAGAUGAAGUUAACAAGAAGAAGAAAACUACGAAGAAAGCACCAUCUAAGAAGAAAGGUGAUACAAAGACUGGUGGUAAACCAGACAAACCUGUGAAAGAAAAGAAGAAGAAAAGGUUAACUGCAUAUACCAUGUGGUGUAAUUCUAUGAGGACAAAAGUCCUGGCAGAAAGUCCAGGAAUAGAUUUUGCACAGCUUAGUAGAAGAUUAGGAGAGAUAUGGCAAGGACUUCCAUCCAGAGAUAAAAUGUCAUGGAAAAGAAAGGCAAAGAAAGAAGCUAGAAAACUAAUGGGUAAAGGACAAUUAAUCAGUACUGGUAAAGUGGCAACAUCAACACCGGCAGCAUCAGCCACUGUCCAGCAGAAGAUAUCACACCCACCAAAAUCUGUGCCAGCAAUCCACCAUCCAACAGCUUCACAACAGAAGGCACUAAUUGCUGCAGCAAAACAAGAGGAUCAUGCUAUUCAGUUGAGGGGUUCUGGAAUAGAGCCUAUAGAUGUUGCAGCUUAUAUUAAACUGGUAGGGGAGUCUCUUAGUAUCAUCGGUAUGAGAUUACAGGAACACAGAGGACUUAUUGCUGUUCAAGGAAGUUUAUCUGUGUUAUUAGAUUCGUUAUUAUGUGCAUUAGGGCCACUUAUGUGCUUAACAACACAAAUUCCAGAACUUCAUGGCUGCCCGGCAGAGACACACAGUAGAACAUUAGACAAUUUAGCCUAUUUUAUGCCAGGAUUAUAAUUUUGUGUUUUAUAUAUAUAUAUGUUGUAAAGAUAA